AUGAACAACCUGGCCGACACUCCCCAAGAUGAACAACCUGGCCGACACUCCCCGAGAUGGACAACCCGGCCGACACUUCCCGAGAUGGACAACCUGGCCGACACUCCCCAAGAUGGACAACCUGGCCGACACUCCCCGAGAUGGACAACCCGGCCGACACUCCCCGAGAUGGACAACCCGGCCGACACUCCCCGAGAUGGACAACCCGGCCGACACUUCCCGAGAUGGACAACCUGGCCGACACUCCCCAAGAUGGACAACCUGGCCGACACUCCCCGAGAUGAACAACCUGGCCGACACUCCCCAAGAUGGACAACCUGGCCGACACUCCCCAAGAUGGACAACCUGGCCGACACUCCCCAAGAUGGACAACCCGGCCGACACUCCCCAAGAUGGACAACCCGGCCGACACUCCCCAAGAUAGACAACCUGGCCGACACUCCCCAAGAUGGACAACCCGGCCGACACUCCCCAAGAUGGACAACCUGGCCGACACUUCCCGAGAUGAACAACCCGGCCGACACUCCCCAAGAUGGACAACCUGGCCGACACUUCCCGAGAUGA